UUUGUCUAGUGUAUUAAUUAGAUUGAAUUUGGUAUUUUAAACAGUGAAAGAGGGAAAUUGAAUAUGCUGUCUGACACUUAAUUGCUUUCGAUCAAGGAUGCGUGUUGUUCUGGAAAUAUUUCAAAUCCAAGAGGGCUUUGCUGGGCUAACGUCAUUCUCAUUCAACAUUUGUUCUUUACACGAAUCGGAAUACGAGUUCAAUACCUCCAGAAAAAUCGUACAUAAAUAUUGAAAUUUUGGUGACCGGUAAAACAAAAUUUGUAAUGAAUAAGUUUAAUUCCCCUUUGAUACCGUAUAUACUGGACAUGCUUAGUCGGCAGCCGCAACUAUGCACUACUAAGGAUGAACUGAUUGAUAGUAUCAAGGAUAUAAUUCUCGAGGAGCACAUCGGUUCUUUUGGCAGCCUGAAGAGAGCGGUGGAGUUUGCAUUGGAGGUGGGCGUCAAUCUGGGCGUAAUCUCCCUGACCAACGAGAGGGUCCGUAUGCCCUUCAACUUCCGCAAGACCCGGCCCAAGUUCAAAGUGCCCUCUGGAAUCCGGAUUACGCCUCGUCUGGGGCGCCGGGUGGUCAAGCAAAGGAUGCCUAAGACUGCCGCCAAGGGGAUAAAGAAGAAGAAGGCAGGACGAAAGAACCAGAAGAAGCGUCGCUAGAGGGGAAACCAAGUAGUCCCCAUGGGAUCACUGCAAUCCAAUAAACAAACGUACUGCCAACCGUA